AGAGUGUGUCCAUACGUCGACCAGUUGACAUUUUUCAAAUAAUAACCGAUUAUCCAAAACCCCCAUACUUUCGAUCUUUUUCUAUACAAUACAAUUUCAUCGAUUCAACUACACAUAUACAAUCAUCAUCAUCAUCAUCUCCAUCUCUUUCUCGCAUUUCAUCAAUCAUGUCGUCUGCAAUAUCCAAUUCCAAUCACACCAACGUUAACGAGUAUGUUGACGAUGAUCAGUCCACCACCCGAAGAAUCCGCCUCCUUUCGCUCCACCUCAAUCCGCCAAUCCUCCACCAUGACCACCAGCUUCAGCUCGAAGCUUGUUCUGGGCGUACCAAGAUGAACGUAGACGCUGAAAAACUGACUAGUUAUUUGAGGGGAAAACACAGGGAUGUUCAAGAAAAGAUUUUCGAGUAUUUUAAUUCGAGGCCUGAUCUUCAAACCCCGAUUGAGAUCUUGAAAGAUGAUUAUCGGGAACUUUGUAUGAGACAACUUGUGGGUCUUGUUAGAGAAGCUGGGAUUAGACCUUUUAGGUAUGUCGUUGAAGAUCCUUUGAUAUAUUUUGCAAUGAUUGAAGCUAUCGGGAGUGUUGAUAUGUCUCUUGGGAUCAAAUUGGGCGUUCAGUACAGUUUAUGGGGAGGAUCUGUGCUAAAUUUGGGUACCAAAAAACAUCGUGAUAAGUACUUCGAAGGCAUCGACAAUCUGGAGUAUCUUGGCUGUUUUGCUAUGACCGAGCUUCACCAUGGCUCAAACGUUCAAGGCAUUCAAACCAUUGCCACAUUCGAUCCUAUAACCGAUGAAUUCAUCAUCACCACACCAAACGACGGAGCCAUCAAAUGGUGGAUCGGAAACGCGGCGGUUCACGGCAAGUUCGCCACCGUUUUUGCGAAGCUCAUGUUACCCACUAAUGGCGUCGUUACCGAUAUGGGUGUCCACGCUUUCAUUGUACCAAUUCGAGAUCUCAAAACCCAUAAAACACUCCCCGGCGUUGAAAUCAACGAUUGCGGCCAUAAAGUCGGUCUCAACGGCGUCGAUAACGGCGCCUUAAGAUUUCGCGAUGUCAGAAUCCCGAGAGAUAAUCUUCUAAAUCGAUUCGGCGAUGUGUCAAGAGACGGGACGUACACGAGUCCUCUUCCCACCGUUAAUAAACGUUUCGCCGCCACGCUCGGCGAGCUUGUCGGUGGCCGUGUAGGGCUCGCUUAUUCAUCCGUCGGUGUGCUCAAAAUCGCUGCCACAAUUGCGAUCCGAUACUCGUUACUCAGGCAACAAUUUGGGCCUCCAAAAAAACCUGAAAUUAGCAUUCUUGAUUACCAAUCGCAGCAACACAAAUUGAUGCCGAUGUUGGCCUCGACUUAUGCGUUUCAUUUUGCUACUGUGAAUUUGGUUGAAAAGUAUGCGCAGAUGAAGAAGACCCACGAUGAACAAUUGAUUGCGGAUGUUCAUGCAUUAUCAGCUGGGCUUAAAUCUUAUAUAACUUCUUAUACUGCUAAGUCGUUGAGUAUUUGUAGAGAAGCUUGUGGAGGCCAUGGAUAUGCAGCUGUUAAUCGGUUUGGGAGCUUGAGGAAUGAUCAUGAUAUUUUUCAAACGUUUGAAGGGGAUAACACAGUGCUCUUACAGCAGGUGGCGGGUGAUCUAUUGAAGCAAUAUCAACAGAAGUUCAGUGGUGGGACCCUUGCUGUUACAUGGAACUACUUGAGAGAGUCGAUGAACACGUAUCUUUCUCAACCCAAUCCAGUCACUGCUAGGUGGGAAGGUGAAGACCAUUUAAGAGAUCCUAAAUUCCAAUUGGAUGCUUUCAGGUAUCGAACAUCUCGGUUGCUUCAAAGUGCUGCAGUCCGAUUACGGAAGCAUUCAAAGACUCUUGGAAGUUUUGGUGCUUGGAAUCGAUGUUUAAAUCAUCUUUUGACUCUUGCAGAGUCCCACAUUGAAACUGUCAUCCUUGAAAAUUUCAUUGAAGCAAUUAAAAGGUGUCCAGAUGCAAAUUCUAGGGCUGCUUUGAAGCUUGUUUGUGAUCUUUAUGCCUUGAAUCGCAUAUGGAAUGAUAUAGGAACUUAUCGCAAUGUGGACUAUGUCGCCCCUAACAAAGCCAAGGCGAUACACAAGCUAGCGGAUUAUUUGAGUUUUCAGGUGAAGAAUGUCGCGAAAGAACUUGUGGAUGCAUUUGAUUUGCCUGAUCAUGUCACAAGGGCACCGAUUGGUAAACAGACACCAGGUGAAGCUUAUACGGAAUACACUCAUUAUGUUGGGUUCUAGUUGGAGUAAAAUACAUUGCUAUUACACACAAUCAUAGAAGAAAGGUAAGAAGGC